UUUCCGAGACAGAAGUCUUAAAGCUGAAAAGGAGGUUGAGAAAAGGUCACAGGAGGUCACAGAACUAACAAAACUAUUAGACAGGAAGUCAAGGCAUGUUGCGUUACUAGAAAAAAGUUCAAGACAAGCGCAAGAGAGUUUCGAAGAAUCCACGAGAACUAAAGACAAGCAAAUUGCAACUCUGACUUCAGAACUGGAUGCAAAAGCUGGUAACAUUGCUUAUCUGACAAAACAGUUGCACGACUCGAAAGUUGCUUAUGCCGAACUCAAUGAUAGACUUUUAAGUAUAAACCCAAAUUUCAUGGAUAGGCCGAUAAUUUCACCAGCUCCCCCAGGUGAAAGGGCACCAGCUAAUAGUCGGAGGCGAUUUAUCCGUAAAGUUGUUGCAUCAAACGGAAGCGUAGACAUUGAAUCGAUAGGUGCCUUAAAUCCAACUACACAGAAAAUGCUACUUAAUGUUAAGACGACAAAAAGUAACGAGGGCUUUCCAACACGGUCUGCUAGAAAGCCGCCAACACCGAAAGGAUCAAGAUCAUUAGGGGAACCAUCGAUGAAUCAAUCUAGGAACAUUACAGAUGAUUACACAGAGUUUCUAAAAACCGCUUCAAAACCUGAACCAAAACUUGUUUAUAAACCAGUUCCCAAUCCUUUGCCACCAAUUGUGAAUGGAAUUGAGAACAGUGGAACCCAGGUCCCUUACACAGUUCGUCGGUCAAGAGGUCAGGAUGCUGGCAUCGUUGACGAAAUAAUCGUCUCCCCCCUGAAUUCACCGGACAAAAGUUGGCGACAAGGAUCAAACCAGUAUGACCCGGUUUCUUAG